AAACAAAUUGUUCAUAAAAAAACCCUCGAUUUAGGCCUAUCGUAACAAAACCCUCACACCGUCACACUCGCGUAUUCUUAACCCACCACUCUCACACAUCACCGUCGCAUCUCAAAUCACCACCGUCACACCUCGCCACCGCAUCUCAACCAUAGUCAUCGUAGCCUCGUCGCUUCUCAUCUAUCGCGCGCGCAUCAUCCUCCUGCUCUUCGUUUAAAGGAAAUUCUCCCACUGGUGUGGGGACUAGCCUUGCACUAGAGACAAUAAUUCAGAAUUGUCCUGUCGAUUUUAAGCCCAAUAGAAAUGAAGCCAGCAUCAAUAUUCUUGUCUGUUCAAGAGGAGGAGGGGGUCUGUUAGUGGAGCGCAUGGAACUAGUUGCCGAGUUAUGGCAGGAAAACUUUAAGCCAUAUAAAUCUUUGAUGCAGGCUUGGGAAGCAAUUCACAAGAACAAGUCAAGCAAUGUAGUUGCACCACCUGAGAUGCAAGAAGGAAAGAAGAAAUGGAGCAUUGAAUCAAACAGGUUUGGUUUUUCGGACGAGCUUCCAGGUAGACUCUCUCCCUUUCGGCGUUCACGAGCUGCUGCUGCAGGCAUAUCUCCCUGCAGAAGUAAACCACAAUCUCCAUUUCAGGGCGUGAAGUUGCUCGGUGAUGCUAAAGAAACUGAAAUCAAUAAAUCAGGCAAUUUGAAAUUCUACAGCACUGGACUUGGUAAAGUACAAGGGGUUCCAAACCAAGGAGCCAAAAGAAGUUCAUAUUUAGGAAGUUUGGCAAUUGAAAAGACAUUGUAUAUAGACAUUAUAUCAUGUUUGAUUUGAAAACAUGAUAUAAAUUUUGUUUUGGAUUAUUGCAAUAGUAUUUCAAUUGAAGAUUAA